AUGCCUGAUGAUUUGAAGGGGAAGGCUUUCCCUGAUGUUUCCGCCAAACUCUCCGCGUUGCCUAAGAAAUCGUUAUUUGAGCGUCAGAAAGCCGAAGCCGAAGCUAAACGCGCUCGGGAGAAAGCCGAAACAGCAGCAGUCUACGAGGAUUUUGUUAAAUCAUUCGAAGAUGAUUCUCCGGUCGGCUCAAAGCCCUUCGAUGCGCGACAGACUACAUUUGGUGCCCGGGGUGGUGGAUUGGGAGGGGGACCUGCGCGGCGACACUUCACAAGCUCCGGUCCUCGCAGUAGUGGCCCAGGUAGCUUAGGACCCUCCCCACAAUCGCUGUCUCGCAAACGCACACAUGAAGGAUUUACGCCGCUCUCACGCAACCGUGACCCCGCCCAAGGUAUCCUCGGGUUCGAUCAAACAACUGCCGUCUCAUCCGGCCCUCCUGGAUACAAUAGCACACUUGAGGACGAAACUUAUCGCAAAACCGACACCAAAGAAGCCGAGAGAGCUGCUGCUAAGCCCACGCUGCAGCUGGCUUCAUUACCCCCUGGAACCUCUCCAUCAGUGAUCAAAUCUUUGAUCCCGUCCUCUUUGGUUGUCGAUAAUGUACACAUCACACGUCCAUCCAGUCAAACUCCAACAGAACGAAAAUCCUCAGCGGCCAUAGUCACCCUUGCUAGUGAUACUGCAGCCUCAGAUAUUGAUACCGUUGUUAGCGCACUUCAGAAUAAGUACCUGGGUCGCGGGUACUAUCUUUCUCUGUCUCGGCAUCUCUCCUCUGCGGCGAUUACUUCGAAUAUUUCAGCGUCUCUUGGCUCCUCUACUGGAUCACUUCCAUUUGGGGCCAAGAACAUCCAACCAACAACACAUGGAGGCAGUCUUAAUCGUGCCCCGCCACCGGCGCCAUCUAUUCGGGUCGAGGUUAAAGUGCCCUCAGAUAUAAAGCAGCUCAGGCUAAUCCACAAGACUCUGGAAUCUCUCCUUCAAUAUGGCCCUGAGUUCGAAGCAUUACUGAUGAGUCGACCGGAGGUGCAGAGGGAAGAGAAAUGGGCUUGGAUUUGGGAUGCACGGAGCCUCGGUGGUGUAUACUAUCGCUGGAAGCUAUGGCAAAUCGUCACCCAGCCUGUGUCUAGCCGCAAAAAUUUUGAUACCAGAAUUUCCUCAAUUUUUGAGGGCGAGCCAGAUUGGUUUCCUCCUGAUACUCACAUCAAAUUCGAAUACACCACGCAGCUUGAAGAAUUUGUAUCUGAGAACGAUUACGACUCAUCCGAUGAAGAGCACUCAGACAACGAAGAUGAGAGACGAAAUUACGGCGGUGGACCUCCACCGGAGGGAAUAACCAGCCAACAAGAUGGUCUCGGCUACAUGAAUCCGUUACAAAAAGCCAAGCUCACUCAUCUUUUGGCGCGACUGCCGACAACUCAUGCUAAGCUUCGGCGAGGUGAUGUAGCACGGGUCACUGCUUUUGCCAUUGAACAUGCUGGUGCUGGGGCCGACGAAGUUGUGGAUAUGAUUAUUCUAAAUAUCUUGAAUCCACUGGUCUACACUGGUGCUAACCCUGAUCGAGAAUCCGAAAAGGCUGAAGCAGAUCAAGGAAACGUCCAAAAGGACGGCGCCAACACUUCGUCGAAGCCUCUGAUGGAUUUAUCUUCUUCCAAAUUAGUUGGGCUGUAUGUUGUCUCUGAUAUUCUUUCCUCGUCAGCAACCAGCGGCAUGCGUCAUGCAUGGCGAUACCGGCAGCUUUUCGAAUCUGCUUUUCGCGCCCACAAGGUCUUCGAGCAUCUCGGCCGACUCGAAAAGGAUCUCAGCUGGGGAAGAUUGAAAGCUGAGAAAUGGAAGCGAAGUGUCGGUACCCUUUUGCACCUGUGGGAAGGAUGGUGUGUUUUCCCACAAGACAGCCAUGAACACUUUGUUCAAAUGUUUGAACAGCCACCGCUCAGCGAAGACGAGUUGCAAAAGGAAGAGAAAGCCGAGCUGGAGAAAGCUGCGGCGUUCUCUAAGGGAAAGAGUAAAUGGAAGGCCGUGGACGAUGACAAUGUGCCUGAAAACUUGGAAGCAAACUACGCUGGUCUGAUUGAGACCAAGAUGAAUGUCCUUGAGGACGAAUCCAUGAGUGACAUCGAUGGUGUUCCAAUGGAAGAUAGCGACCUCGAAGAUUUCGAGGAUGGCGAAGCCAUGGAAGAUGACAACUCAAAUUUGGGCGAAGAGAAUACUGCAGAUCAAACACAUACCCAAAUCGAGGCAGAGCCCGGGGGCCCAGACUUGACAUCUCGACGUCCUCGAAAGGCACGCCCUAAAGCUGAAGACAUGUUUGCGUCAGACUCCGAAUGA